AUGGAAGAAAGAUAAUCAUCUGUAAAGGGAUUAAGAGAUUACUUUUAAGGGAUUGCUCAAAAUCUGAAAUAAUAAAAUGACAAUUAUUUAACAAUUAAAUAAAAUAGUACAAGUGUUCCUCCUUAAAGGAAUAGCAUAAAUAGAGACUCAAUUAAAUUUAAUGUUUAAAAGUUGGAAUCUUUAAAAGGAAAUAAACAAGAUGAAGAACAUUAUUUAAAGCUCAUAAAUUAAUUGUAGGAUAAAAUAAAAUAUUAUGAAGAAAGGCAAGAUAAUAAUGAAUAUGAAAAGCUUUUAUAACGUUAUAAUGAUUAGAAGCUUUAAUUACAAAAAUUAUAAUAAAUGAAUGAUCAACUUAAUGAAGAUAUUAUAUAGGCAUAUAACACUAUUGCAAAUUUAGAGUAGCAAUAAUAAAAAUAAGUAUUCGCUACUCAGAAUUUAAAUAAUAAAUAGAAUAUUCUCACAUAAAAAUUUAAUAUUGAAUAGAAUGAUAAAGAAAUUUAAGUAAAUUUGAUCGAACCUAUAAUUGAGUAGAAUAAAUUGUUGCUUGAACGUUUGCAUGAAAAUCCAGAACCAAAAGGGAAGGAAUUGAUAAUAAUAAAUUCAAGUUAAGCCAUUGAAUUAAGAAGAUAGAUGGAAACUUUGAAAUAAGAAGUAACUAUUUUAAUGGUUACACUAGCUAUUUGAAAGAUUAAAUUUUUAUAAUAAUCUCAUUCAAAAUAAAUAAUUGUCAGAAAUAAAAAAGAAUAUUAAAGUAGAUAUUUAUCAAUUUCAUGACACAUAUAUUUAAAUGUUUAGAAAUAUUAAUAGGCCAAUCUAAAAUGUUGAAUAAGUAAGCAAAAUUUUAAGUCCAAUAUAUUAAGAUGAGCUAAACGAAUUCCUCGGAUAGUUGAGUGAUUUUUUAGAUAAAUUCAGAUUAGUUACUAUUUUAUGA